AUGCACCAGGUGGUGCCACCCCCGUUCGGCUUUCUCGAUCAUGAACAACACAAAUCCGAGUAUCCCCCAUCACAUCACCAUGGAUCCGGAUCCCAUUUCUCUCACAUCCGCAGCGGCCAACAUACCCCAGCACUUCAUCGAAUCACCACCAGCUUCAACCGACUACAUGCCCACGACCAAGCUGAGCACUCCUUGCGGCGCAAAACUCCUAGAGGAACUAUCGACAACGGGUACGAUGGCUCACUAACUCACUUGGUCUCAGGCCCCCCGCCUCUAAAGCAUAUGAUCGUGCCGGCCGCCUCUUCUCAAAUCCAUCCCGCUGCUGUGGCCCAAGGACACCCUAACCAACCAGUCGUCGGAUUGCUGCAGCCGCAGCAGCCGCAGCAGCAACCCUCUGUCGGCCCUUGGGCAUAUCCCGCUGCCGUACCGACGGCCCAAAUCGGCCAUGGGAUAGAAUCGAUGAAUGGCCCCCAAGGCGUGUCGGGGAGAUGGAUGGUACAGGCGCCACAUCCGGCCUUGGAAUCUAAUGUCGGCGAUCGGGUCACCUAUCAGUCACCAAUGCCCCAGCACAAUUAUUAUACCCUCUCCGGCAUGCAACCUUCCUAUGGGCCAGGGUAUCAACAGCCAUUGCCUCAGACGGUCUAUAGUCCCAGCGGCUACGGCGGGGCCUUUAGCUACCAGGCUAUGGUCCCGCUCGCGAACAACUACACGCCGCAAAACUCGAUUGGCAGUGCUUUCAUGGGACCGCAGUCCAUGCUCCAUCAUGGGCUGCUCAACGCCCCAGGCUUAGGACAACCACACCAUUACGGUCUCCCCGUGCCAAGUCACCCUCUCGAUGAUGGAUUUGCCCGCUAUGGCUAUAACAAUCAAAUGGGGCGCAACCCUUCUCAUCAUGGGCGAAAUUCGGUUUCGAUGACCCCAACCGGGGUCGGAAUUGGGACCACAAAUCUGGCUGCUGGUGAAGUACCCUCCCCAGCUCGGUUCAAGGAACGGGCGUUGCAAAGUGCCCACAAAGCCUACAGCGAGCUGCUCAGCUACCUCACACACAUAAAGAAACCACAACAUGGACGCAGCGGCUCCACAUCACGGCCGUCGUCCAAGAUCAUGAUGUACCCCACACCAGCAACCAGCGGAAGCACUGUCCAACCACCUGUGCCACCACUUGGAGAUCCCACAGCGAACUACAUGCAACAAAUGGCCCAGAACGAGGCAGCUGCGCGGAUGUUUGGCCAGAGUUUUUAUCAGCGAGGAUAUCACGAGGCUGGCACGCCCAUUCUGAAUGCGAGGGCUUCCCUCUCUGUGCUAUCCACCCUAUGUGAGCAGAGUGGUUGGAAAUGGGUCGAGGGCAUGUUGUUGGGAGGAUGUCUUCACUACGGCUUGGAGUGUUAUGAGAAGGCGUUGGAAUGGUUUAGGAGGAUUGAGAACCUGGACCCGAGCCACGUGGAAUCGAUCUCAAACAUUGCUGCAGCCCUGUACUGUUUGAACAGACCCGACGAGGCCGAGCAACAAUGGCGGAGAGCCAUCAAGCUCCGACCCACCUAUCUUGAGGCUGUUGAGCACUUGGUGAGCCUGCUAUGCUCAUUGAACAGGAGUCCCGAAGCGGUUAAAGCGGUCGAAUACGUCCAGCGAUGUUUGAAAGUGCCGUCCGGUCUCGAUGCGCCCCGCGAGCAGGCUAGUGAAACUGCGAGCGAAGCCGACAUCGCGUCACCGAUGACGCUCGCCGAAUCGACUGCGGAUACCUAUGUUCUCGACAUCGACAACAUCGACAGCCCGGAGCAACGAUUCGCCAUGGCCACAGAAGACCGCAAGGCGCCAGGCUUUGGCUCAAGCGGUUACCGUAUUCCGGGCAGCGAAAAUGGCCGGAUGGUACAACUUAUCCACGCCAAGGGGAACAUGCUGUACAAUCUUAAGGAUAUCGACCGCGCCUCGGAAGCGUUUGAAGAGGUUGUCAUGAUGAGCGCCGGGAAGCAAAUACAGGGCGUAAAAUCUCUGAUUAAGAGGAUACAAACUGUCCUAGCACCGCGAGACCCUGUCUCGGGGCAACGACUAGUUUCGCUUCAAGAAAGCCUUUCCGCCCCGCUGCUACUCCUACCAGAGAAGGCGAAGCUUACAGCGCAAUAUGUCUUUGCUCCCACCGGCGGCCAGCUCCCCGGUCUCCAGCACGUGGUCGACAACUACUACAAGAGGAAUGCGGUGGCGACAACGAGCAAUUCACUGUUGUCUCUGGCUAAGAUCUACCAAGACGCCAUGUCGAACGGCGGCCAGAGCUCCGGUCUUGCUCGGCCUUCGGCAGGUGUCGGUGACAUUCUGUCGCUGUACUAUCUGUCCCUGUCCCUCCAGGAAAGCCCUUCGACGGCAAAUAACGUGGGCAUUCUCUUGGCUGGCGUGCAGCAAACCGCACCGGCCCAGUUCCGCUCGGUAUCCGACAUGACCCUCAUGGCUAGUGUGCCGGGUAUUCCCCCCGGCAGCGGGCUGUCUCUCGCGUUCGCAUACUACCAAUACGGCCUCACACUGGAUCCGAAACAUGUACACCUUCACACUAAUCUUGGCAGCCUUCUUAAGGACAUAGGGCAGCUAGACAUGGCCAUCUCGAUGUACGAGCAAGCUGUGGCGUGUGACGGGUCUUUCGACAUCGCCUUGACCAACCUAGCCAACGCGGUCAAAGACAGGGGCCGUGUUAGCGACGCGAUCAAGUACUAUCAACGGGCCGUUAUCGCCAACCCCGAUUUUGCCGAAGCCGUGUGCGGGCUCUCGACGGCGCUCAAUUCUGUAUGCGACUGGAGGGGCCGAGGUGGUGUGUUGCUUGCUGGCGGCAAGUACGACCGAUGGCACGUGGAUGAAAAGGGCAUGCUCCAGGAUGCUAAGGGACAAGGCCAAGGGAGCGGCUUAAUGAAGCGUGUUGUCGAAAUCGUCGGGCGCCAGCUCAAGGAGUCGUCCACCUGGGGGUGCGGUGCCUUGCAUGAGCAGUCGAUCCUCCAGCUUGCUAACGAGCUGAGAGAUGCCGGAACGGCCGCCACUGACCCAUUCCUGGAUGUGGGAGCUGAGCUGCGGAAAUGGGCUGGACGGCCCGGCGAGGGUUACCGGAUUCUCCGUCUCAUUGAACGUGCCACGGUUGCUGCCAUGCGUACCUGGUAUCAGGACAAGCAUUUCCACGGCACGCCGUCCCCAACAGGGUAUCGCCGACCCAAGCUUCCCACGAGCCUAUCAGUCCCGUCUGCACCGACGGUUCUGCCCUUUCAUACAUUCACUUGCCCGCUCCCGGCCAAGGAAGUCCGCUUGAUAUCGCAGAGGAACGCGCUUAGAAUUUCGUUUUCGACCCUCCGGUCUCCUUGGAUCCCACCGAUUGUUUACCCACCCCCCGAUCCGCCAAGCCCGCAGCUGAACGUCGGUUAUGUGUCUUCCGAUUUUAACAAUCACCCUCUGGCUCAUUUGAUGCAAUCCGUCUUCGGCAUGCACAACCCGGGGCGUGUCAAGGCCAUUUGUUACGCCACGACAGCGAGCGACAAGUCCAUCCACCGGCAGAAAAUCGAGAAGGACGCGCCAGUCUUCCACGACGCCAGCUCAUGGUCUCCCGACCGGUUGGUCCGGCAAAUCGUUGAGGACAAGAUCCACAUCCUGGUCAACCUCAACGGCUACACCCGCGGGGCUCGCAAUGAGAUCUUUGCGGCACGCCCCGCCCCCAUUCAGAUGUCAUUUAUGGGCUUUGCUGGCACGCUCGGAGCUGAAUGGUGCGACUACCUCCUUGCUGAUGCGACCGCCAUCCCGCCCUCGACACUGCGGCCUCACCGGAACAACCUGACGCUCGGCGACGUCUUCCGCGACGAGGCAGAUGCCGACGCCGAAGAUUGGAUCUACUCGGAGAACAUUGUUUUUUGCCGUGAUACCUUCUUUUGUUGUGAUCACGCGCAGUCCGCGGAUGGCCACGACGAGCGGGAGAUGACAUGGGAGCAAGAUCAACAAAGACGGUGGGAGAUGCGGAAGAGCAUGUUUGGGAAUCUUCCAGAUGACGCCAUCAUUCUUGGGAACUUUAACCAGCUAUACAAGAUCGACCCGACUACGUUCCGAUCUUGGCUGCGCAUCCUCGCGGCCUGUCCGAAGGCCUAUCUCUGGCUCCUCCGCUUCCCCGACCUCGGUGAGACCAACCUCCGCCGCACGGCGCGCGAAUGGAGUGGCGAAGGCGUGGCUAGUCGUAUCAUCUUUACGGACGUCGCGCCUAAACUGAAGCACAUUGCGCGCGCCCGGAUCUGUGAUCUGUUCCUCGACACCCCCGAGUGCAACGCCCACACGACCGCAGCCGAUAUCCUUUGGUCCAACACGCCGCUCCUGACUCUGCCGCGCUACGAGUACAAGAUGUGCUCGCGCAUGGCCGCGUCCAUCCUCAAGGGCGCCUUGCCCAAGGGCCCUGAGGGCGAACGCGCGGCCAGCGAGCUGAUUGCUCGCAACGAGGCGGAGUAUGAGGAGUUUGCCGUGCAAUUGAUCAACGGCAUGACAUAUCACCCGGCGCGGGCGGUACGACCAGGACCUGGGUCUGAACCGGGGACCAAUACGGUUAUUCAUUACCGAGAAGGGGUGGGCAGGUUGGCGGAGCUGCGGAAAUUGUUGUUUGAGAGCAAGUGGACGUGUGCGUUGUUUGAUACCCGGCGGUGGGUGAGAGAUUUAGAAGAGGCAUACGAGAUUGCGUGGGGACGGUGGGAGAGGGGAGAAGGGGGGGAUAUAUACCUUUGA